AUGGCACAAUCUAUUGAAGUCGUAAUUUCUUUUGCUUCCCUACUAAAUUGUCAUGUAAAUUUACCACCUAUGUUCUCUGCAAUUCUUUAUGAAAAUGAUAAGCUUCCGCAAAAUGUUAUCCUGGAAAUAUCAUGGUUAGAAACUAAAGUUAAACAACAUAAAGCUUAUGUUGGUUGGUCAGGGGGAGCUUCAAGAUCAUCGAAUGUUCAAAAAUUAGGAGUUGUGGAAAUCGAUCCACAAUUUGGAACAGCAAUUGGUUUGAAGGAUGGUCAAAAGGUUUCAAUUAAAAUAUGUGAAAAUAUUCAAGAUGCAAAAUCAGUUUUUGUUGAGCCAUGUACUAUCGAAGAUUGGGAAAUAGUGGAUCAUCGAGCUGGUUAUUUGGAAAAUUAUUUUAUUCAACAAUUACAUGUUGUAUAUCCUAAUCAAAUUAUUACUCUUUGGAUCAAUUCAAAUCUAACACAAUUAAAAAUUGUUGAAAUAAAUCCUAAAUGUUCCUUUGCAAAAUUAAGUUCCAAGACAGAAGUUUAUGUUACACCUAAACCACGUAAACCAUUAAAACCUUCAGAAACAAAUGAUACCACCAAAUCAGAUGACAAUACAUCAUCAUCAUUACCAUCAAUAUAUUGUCUAAGAGUUUUGCCUAUUGAAUAUUUAGUUGAAUCAUCAAAGGGUUUGCUAGAUGGUUGUGAUGAUAAAUUUUGUACUGUUAAUGUUCAUCCAUCAGAUUUCGCAAUUUUAGGAUUACAAACAACACAAGCAGUAGUUUGUCUAUCUAAAGUUAAACCAAAUUAUCUAACAAAAGAUACAGCAGCAACAGCAGAUGAUUCUAAAGAUAUUGAAAAUAAAAAUCAUCUUGUUCAAAAAUUAUUUGUUAAAGUUUUGGUAAAUUUUAAUGUAACACCAGGUCAUGUUGCUGUUGGUGAAUUAACUCCAGCAUAUUCAAAUUUUACUUCUAUUUCAACUAUAAACAUCCAUAAUACCUCAAAUCAAAUAUUUCCAAAAAUUCAUCAAAAUGGAAGAUCAUCAAUUGAAUUUAUUUCAAAUCUAGCUGGCGUUUCAAAUUUAUCUGAGAAACUGGAAGACUAUUUAAGAUCUUGUUUAGGAAAAGCAUUUUUGAGAAGUUCAUUAAACAUUCCAGUAAUUGGUGGAUUGUUAUUAUGUGGAAGUCGUGGAUCAGGCAAAACUAAAGAGCGUAUAUCAACAUUAAGAGAAAAACUUCAAUUGUGGUUUGAUGAUGCAGCAUGGCAUGCUCCCAGUAUUAUUUUAUUUGAUGAUAUUGAUCGAUUAAUUCCUGCCGAAGUUGAACAUGUUGAUUCUUUUAGAUUUCGUCAAAUUGCUGAAUGUUUUUUUCAGAUUGCAUCAAAGAUGAUAAAAAGACAUCAAAUUUCUAUUUUUGCUACUGCCCAACAACAAGAAUCUGUUCAUAAACUAUUAAUUACAACUCAUUUAUUUAGUGAGAUUAAACUUUUAAAUCCACCAACUAAAAUUGAAAGACGUGAUAUUCUUGAAGCAAUAAUGUCAUCAGGUCCAACAUCAUUGCAAAAAAGUGUUUCCAGUCUAGAUUUACUUUCAAUAGCUAGUGAUUGUGAAGGUUAUUUAGCUGCUGAUCUUAAAGCUUUGGUUGAACGAGCAAUACAUGAAGAUGAUUUUCAAAAAGCACAUGAAGGCUUUGUUCCAAUUUCACUUCGAGGUGUUAAAUUACAUACAUCUGAUGUUAGUUGGGCUGAUAUUGGUGAGUGUGGACUUAAUUUUAUUAGUGUAAAAGGACCUGAAUUAUUAAACAAAUAUAUAGGAGCUAGUGAAAAAUCGGUGAGAGAUUUGUUUGAUAGAGCACAAGCUGCUAAACCAUGUGUUUUAUUUUUUGAUGAAUUUGAUUCUAUAGCUCCUAAAAGAGGUCAUGAUAGUACAGGUGUCACUGAUAGAGUAGUAAAUCAAAUGUUAACUCAAAUGGAUGGUGCGGAAGGUUUAGAAGGUGUUUAUGUACUUGCAGCAACAAGUCGACCAGAUCUUAUUGAUCCUGCUUUAUUGAGACCAGGUCGUCUUGACAAAUCAUUACUUUGUAACAUGCCAACACAAAAAGAAAGAUUUGAUAUAUUAAAAGCUUUAUCACGUAAAAUGGAAUUAAGUGAAGAUGUUGACUUGGACGAAUAUUCAAAAAAAUGUGAACAUUAUUCUGGUGCAGAUUUACAGGCAUUGUUAUAUAAUGCACAUCUUGAAGCAAUUCAUGACAUCAUAAAUUCUGAAAGAAAUACAACAAAAUUCGUAUCGUUUAAUGUAAAUUCUAUAAAUUCUGCUAAUACUUUAUCAUUAACUGCAGCAGAAAAAACAAAUAUGUCUCAUAUGCUUAAAAUUACAGAUAGACACAUGCAAAUAUCAUUUAAAAUGACAAAACCUUCAACAACACCCCAGGAAUAUAUAAGAUUGGCUGAAAUAUAUCAUGAAUUUGUUACCGGAAGAAAUGGUGAAAUGCCAAGUGGAAUAGCAAGUCAUGAAAUUGGCCAAAGAGCUACUUUAUGUUAA